ACAAUCCCCGCGAUCCCUUGCGUCCCCAAAGAGAGCGAGAAAUGGACGAAACAGCGACCGUAUCUACAGAAAAACAGGAAGACAACAGAGAUGGAGAUGCAACGACUGUAAGAUCAAAUUCCUUGUUUCCUUUGCUAGCUCAAACAAGCUCAUCAUCCCACCAAAGCUCCAAUCGUGGCGGCGACACUCAAUGGCUCACCAAUCGCAGCUUCAAUGCUGAUUUAUCUGCAAUUGAUGCUACCGUAUCUUCUAGCUACCACCAAACAAACGAGUUGGAACAAGAAUCAGAAUCCAAUGAAGAAGAAGAUGAAUUAGUUGAGAAGAGUGCCCAACAGCGGCCUCAGCCUGAACUCCACAGAUUAGUGGAGUCAUCGUCAGCGUCUUCUGGUGAAGAUAGAGAAGCAGAUAAGAAGCGGAGGCGAGAGAAGAAGAGGAAGACGAAAAGGACGAAAAUUUCGUCGGAGCAGCAUUAUGGAGUGGCAAGUAGGAAAUCAAAUGUUUCAUCCUGGGCUGCUCCCGAUGCCAAAGCAACCGCUACUAAAGACUACUAUUUCGAUUCUCGUGGGGAUCGUGAUAACCUCGCAUUCGGAUCUUUGUACAGGAUGGAUGUUGCUCGAUUUAAGCCGUACAUUAGUACACACAUGAUGUAUCCUGGACAGGGAACACUGUAUCAAUGGAAUCGUAGAGGUUUUGUCAGUGUAGAUGACAAUGAUAUUGAUGCAUUAGAUACUAAACUUAAAGCGGGUGGGCGAUAUUGGUCCCCAAAAUACACUGUAUUAGAACGACAUAAGAACUUAAAGCGCUAUCGGGCUAUAGCCCCUAGAAAUACUGGUGGCCAUAUUCCUGAUGAUUUUAUACCUUUGACAAAUAAUCAAGUUACUGCUGCGGAUGAAUUGUCACCUGCAGAAACUUCAGUAGUCGAGGAGUCUUGGGAGGAUGAGUUACUGCGGAAAACCAAGGAAUUCAAUAGGUCAACAAGGGAGUGCCCGUAUGAUGGGAAGUUGUGGCUGGAAUUUGCAAAGUUUCAAGACAAAGUGGCUAGUAUGCAACCUCAAAAAGGCGCUCGACUCCAGACUCUUGAGAAGAAAAUCAGUAUAUUGGAGAAGGCAAUAGAGCUGAACCCUGAGGAUGAAGAAUUAUUGCUUCAUCUUUUGAAUGCUUAUCAGAGCAGAGAUAACACUGAUAUUCUCAUCUCUAGAUGGGAGAAGAUCCUUAUGCAGCAUUCUGGGAGUCUCAAACUGUGGAAAGACUUCUUGCUCUUCUGUCAAGGCGAAUUCUCUCGAUUUAAGAUUUCCGAAAUGAGAAAAAUAUACUCAAAUGCUAUCCGAGCUUUAUCAGCUUCACGCAGCAAGCUGUAUAGGCAGGCUCAUCAAGUUGUAAUUGCACCUUCUGUGGAUACUGAUACUAUCAAAUUAGAGCUUGGUCUAGUUGAUAUAUAUCUUAGCCUCUGUCAAUUUGAGUGGCAGGCUGGUCACAAAGAGUUGGCUACUGCUUUAUUUCAAGCUCAGAUGGAAUAUAGUUUAUUCUCUCCUACUUUACUUCUCUCUGAACAGAGUAAACACAGAUUAUUUGAACACUUUUGGAAUAGCGACGGUGCAAGAAUAGGGGAACAAGGAGCUCUUGGCUGGUCAACAUGGUUGGGGAAAGAAGAGGAACAAAGAAUUGAGGCUAUAAGUGAGGAUCCUUCAGAUGGAAAUACUGAAGGUGGUUGGACUGGUUGGUCAGUGCCUUUGUCUAAUAGUAAAGAAAAUAGUGAAAACCCAACAAAGUUGUCAGAUGUUGACGUGGAUAUGGAGGAUUCUGAUAUAGAAUCUGAGUCUAGGGCUCCUGAUCCGGAAGAGGAUACCGAAGCAUUGCUGAAAAUGUUGGGUAUUGAUGCCGGUCCCGGUAAUGAAAUUAAGGAUUCUGCAAUUUGGACAAGGUGGUCACAAGAAGAGUUAUUCAGGGACUGUCGUCAAUGGAGGCCUGUGCGCGCUAAGAAUGAUGAUGCUGGUGGAAGUGAUGCAGAAGGGGCUGAUAAACUUUUGAGAGAGAUAUUGUUUGAAGAUGUGAGUGAAUAUUUAUUCUCUAUAUUGUCGAAGGAAGCACGGUUAUCCCUUGUGUUCCGUUUCAUUGAUUUCUUUGGAGGAAAGAUGUUGCCACGGACUUGCACAAACAGUUCAAGUUGGGCUGAGAAAUUGGCAAGUAUGGAGGCGCCACCAGAUAUUAUGUUGGAUAAUUUGAGAAGAAUGCACAAUAACAUUUCCGACACAGUAAGGAAAUCAGGCAAUUUCAGUUUUGAAUCUCUUUUCCCUAGUAGCUCAGAAGAACAAUGUAUGAGGAGGGAUAUGUUGAAGUUUCUCCGCAAUGCUACUCUACUUUGUUUAACUGUGUUUCCUAAUAAUCACAAUUUGGAAGAAUCUGCACUUGUUGCUGAAGAAUUGUCAAAUACAUAUAUGAACUCUGAUAGUUUUUCAGUGACUCCAUGCCGUGCAUUAGCAAGAACCCUCCUGAAAAGUAACCGUCAGGAUGUUCUACUUUGUGGUGUUUAUGCAAAAAGAGAAGCUGCUUUCGGGAAUAUAGAACAUGCAAGAAAGGUUUUUGACAUGGCACUGGCAUCUGUUGAAGCACUUCCAUUGGACCUUCGACUUAACUCCUCUCUUUUGUAUUUCUGGUAUGCUGAAAUGGAAAUUGGUUAUGUUUCUGGUACAAGUCCAGAUUCCUUUUCUCGUGCAGUGCAUAUCCUUUGUUGCUUUGGUAGCGGGGAGAUAUACAGUCCAUUCAGGUGUCAACCAUCCAAUCUCCUGCAGCUGAGAGCUCGGCAAGGGUUUAAAGAACAAUUAAAAAUCCUGCAACCAACGUUAGCUCGUGGGGUGGUUGAUGAUCGUGCUACUGCCCUCAUUUGUUCGUCUGCUUUAUUUGAAGAGUUGGUAUUUGGAUAUGCUGCUGGUAUAGAGGUUUUAACUCGGACAUUCUCCAUGGUGCUUCCAGAAAGAAGAAGCCAGAGUUAUGAACUUGAAAUAUUGUUCGACUACUACAUAAGGAUGCUUAGGAGGCAUAUUGGUGAAAUAAAAUUGUCAGAAGUCUGGGAUUCUGUUCUUCAUGGUUUGCAACUUUAUCCUUCCAGUCCAGAACUUUAUGGCGCUUUAAUUGAUAUUGGCCAUUUCCAUACCACUUCAAACAAGCUGAGGGGGAUAUUUGAUAACUUCUGUAAAAAGAAGCCAUCAGUAAUUACCUGGCUGUUUGCAUUAGCAUUUGAGAUAAGUAGAGACGGUUCUCACCACAGAAUACACGGGUUAUUCGAAAGGGCAUUAGCCAAUGAAAAAUUACGGAGUUCAGUAAUACUUUGGCGCUUUUACAUGUCAUACCUGAUUAACAUAGCCUGUGAUUUAUCAGCAGCUAGAAGGGUUUUCUUUCGUGCUAUUCAUGCAUGCCCAUGGUCGAAGAAACUUUGGCUCGACGGUUUCCAAAAUUUACAGAAUGUUCUGACUGGGAAAGAGUUGUCAGAUUUGCAAGAAGUUAUGCAAGAGAAAGAGCUAAACCUUCGGACUGAUAUCUACGAGAUUCUUCUCCAAGAUGAAACGUAACUGUAAAUUCCUGGCAAACCCACAAUGCUUUGUGUCUUGGGAGUGCUUGUUCUUGUAUAAGCAGAUGAUUGCAUUUAUAUUCAUCAUCUAUUUGUGGAAUUUCAGUUCUGAAACAUGGAAUGGUUUAUUACCCACCUUUUGUAGCAUCUAGUUUUGCCCUUCCUAUAAUAGAUCCUCCAGCAGAAGCUUUUCUAGAAGGACAUAUUGAAUAUUUGAAGUUAGUUAUCAUUGAUGAUCAUCAUUUGUUUUCAUGGGAAAUGAACCUGUUGAAUAUAGUGCUCUGUGGAACAUUUCAACAAAGUGCACAUGGAAUGAGGGAUAUAUAUUUAUUUGGUAACACUUUCUCAGAGUUUGA